AACGCAGUUCGAUCUGGGUGUAUGUCAAGAGACCGCGAAUUUGUUAGUCAAUAAAAUAAUCUCUGGACACAGAAGUAGGCCUUCAGUUCUCGCUGAAACGGAUUAUUAUCUCGUGGAUUGUUGCUUUUGAAUAUUUGUCAUCAUUUUUAUGGCAUUAUUUGUAUAAGUUUCUUCCAACUUAGCAGCGAUAUAACUAAGUGCGAUCAUCGGUGUGUAUUCAUAUGAGACUCUGGACUGAUAAGGUCCAAAUAUGGUGUCACAGACGCUGCUAAUUGCCAGUGUAACGUGCUUUUGCAUCAUAUUGCAAACGACAGAGGCUCAAAUCAACACUAUCUUGGCAGGAUCAGGAACAAUCAAGUCUCCAAAUUUUCCACAUUGGUACCCUAACGAGCAACGGAUAGAAUGGCAGAUACAGAGUCCCCCAAACACGCACAUCCGGAUACGUUUCCUUCUUUUCAUAUUAGAGGAAAGUGAAAAUUGUGUUUCAGACGCCUUGUCAGUUUACGACGGCUUUGGGAUCAAUCAUUCACCGUUCUUAUUGGGCCGUUUCUGUGGAAGUGAAGUUCCACCGAUGCUGGAGUCCAGCUCCUCAUUCAUAACGGUCCAAUUUGUAUCCGAUUUACAUGAACAAAAUGAAGGAUUCGUUUUUGCAUACGAGGUCGUUGAUGACAUACUCGGAUCACGGAUAGUAUGGGCCGAAGUACAUCCGGAAACUGAGAUGGCGCGGUUAUCUAGUUUAACUGCUGAUCCGCUUAAUAUGCUAACACCCAAUGGCCAUAUCCGAUCCUUUAUUACUACUGAGGUCCAUUAUCAGUUACCUCGUGGAUCAUGGGGUUCUGUAGGCAUCAACUAUGGAAAACAACAAAUAAUCUGGAGCGAUAAAGGGAUGAAAAUGAUAAUGUCUGGUACAAUUGGAGAAAAUGGUCGAGCUGGUUCGUUUUUUCAUGGCACCUCAGAUUCUGUUAGUGGCAUCGCCGUUGAUUGGUUGACGGGUAAUGUGUAUUGGGUUGACGGUGUGUAUGACUGGAUUCUAUUACACAAUUCAAAUGGAUCUCGGUACGAUAUCAUAAUUGAUGACGGACUCGAUCAACCCGGUGGAAUAGCGAUUCAUCCAAUCAGAAGGUAUUCUUAAUUGUAUGCAGAUUGUAUGAUGGAUUGCAAAGAAAUACAUUACACAAGACUCAACUAAUGGCAAUAAACACUACCAUUAUUAUUUAGUAUUAUUAUUUGUUUUGGCGUCACCUGUGCAUUGGAGGCGAAAAGCGAACUGAAUCACUAUGACCCGCAGGUCUCUCCUCCCGAUGUAACUGAUUGGGGGGGGGGGGGGGGUGCAGGUGGACCACUACCAUGACUACACCUGGGUUUCCCCCUACUCUUAUACGAAUAGUGCAGUGGGUUCUUAACGUGAAAAGGUGGUGACUCUCCUUUACACGGGGUCUCCAUUUAACGUCCUAUCCAAGGGACGGAAAGUUUUCCAUUGUAACAUAGCCUGCAUCUUGUACUUCCUAAUUCCGAUAAUCAUAAAAAAUAAAACGAACGCCACGACAGCAAAAUGCUUAGUAAAAUUUCCAAAGGCCAUUGUGCAAUGGUUAUCAUAAACAUUCAAUUUUUUUUUCUCAUCUAUUUCUCUUCGUUUUCUACAAUCAUGGCUUUAGGGACUGCUCCGAUUCUUAGUCAUAAUCAUUUGAAGCAAAAUAUUCUCUUCAGAAUCACUUGUUGUGCAUGAAAUUAUCCAUGAUAUUCUAAGUCUUCUCCUUACUACGCUUUCUUGAUUUGUUUUCAGUAAUUCUUCCUGGAAACAUUACCUUAGAAGUUCAAAGUCCAUCCUUUAAUCAUCUAACAUACAUUUAUCUUGUUAUAGCAUAUGAAGAAUAGUUUGAUAAUUUAUGGCAAUUUAAUGUUUAGCAUUCGCCAUGGCGUCAUGUUGUAUGCCGCCCACUUGCGGCCUAGGUUUUACAGUUUGCUGUAGAAGUUAAUCGGGGUAUUCGCCCCUUCCGGAUCCUGCGCCUGGCAGAUACUGUUCUAGGCACAAAAUCCGCCGGCGGAUCGUGUUCUACUCCGGCGGAUUCAGUACCAAGAAAAGCCACUCUCUUCGGAAGAUAUCGUUCUUGCGCUAUCGCGAUAUCCUUCAUUCACAUACGUCACGUGGUACGAGAAAACUAGUCAAAAAGCGAUAGAUUUCAUCAAUUAAAGCUUGCAGAAAAAGAUAUUUAUGAUAUCUCUAUGUGAUAGAAGUGAAGAAAUAAAAUGCGUAAUCUGAAAUUGGAAAAUAACCCAUUUUCUUGUUACAACUCUACGGGAAUUACACCACUUCUAACACUACAUGACGUCACGGUCUCGGUGCGAGGCCGGUGAAAGCAUUUACAAUUAAGAAAGUAUAUUUUCGAAACCUGAUAAUUUGAGUUAUUCUUAAGCAAAAAUAUUCAGCUGUAAGCGAUGACUGCAUAAAACUUGCAUUCCUGCUUUUAGUUUAAAUUAAUUGCUUUCGAUUUGACUGAUUUGUCAACUUUUGGGGUCUGCAUGGUCUGGGUCUUUAAAUAGUCCACAUUUAGUCUUCAUUCAACUUUCAAUGUCUACUGCACUACUAGUAUACAAAGAAUUUACCCCAUGAUAUGAUAACGCUUGUAGUCUAAUAACAUGCAUUUGCUAAUUUAUUUUAUACCUAUUAAUUUAUUGCAGUAUAAAAAGUCCUUCUUAUCACAAUUUUUGGGAUAAAUUGGGCACAAUAUGCAUCAAUUAUGAUCAAUACAGAGAAUUAAAUAAAGACAAACAAUGGCAGUUUCGAUAAUUAAAAUCAGUAUUUGUAUAAAUUUGUAUAAAUAAUGAUCACUGCAAAUUAAAUUCUUGAAUUACG